AUGUCCCCUGUCUCGUAUCAUAUUGCCCAAUACAAACAUGCAACCCUCGUUGAACCUAAUCCGAGUCUCGAAACUCCAGAAAAUAGUCUAGCCAUACUCUAUGAGGUUGCGUGGAGGGACCAAGAUGAAAGCGCGCUGUUCCACCAAAUGCCCGUUCGACGUGACGUUUGCAAGAUGAGGAAUAUCAAGGUCCCCGAGAAUAUGACCGUGUUGAAAUGGAAACACGAUACACCUUUCCUCAAGCUUCACAAAUUAACAGGGAUCCUGAUUAGGGAUGCAUAUUGUAGGAUGUUGCAGGCAAUUGAGUCUGCUUUGUGGCCGACGACGGAGGCAGAUAAAAGUUCAGAUGCAGCCAUGGAUGUUGAAUUGGAUUCACGGUACAAUCCUUUCAAUACCAACGUCAAACCAGAAGAAGAGGUGGAGGGUAUAGUAGUGUCUGGAGGACCUGGUAUUGGUGUGUCCGUUUGCACUACCCUGCUCCGCUCCCAUUGAACGUGACUGUAGGAAAGUCCAUGUUUAUGGUCCACAUUCUUACACUGUGUCUCCUGGCUCACCGACCUGUCGUCUGGCAGACUAAUGCAGAAGAUGUAAGGUAGACGAAACAUAAACUCAACUAGCUGCGUGACGCACGUGAUCUACCCUGAACUGCCUAAAUCAGACACAAACUAUGACAAGGAAACUCGUUCAACCACAGAGCCGAAAUCCACAAAGUAGCACCAUAGAAUUGUUAGAAUUAUGCUUUUCUACAGAAUGAUGUAACAG